AAAAAAGCAACUAACAAAACACAGAAAUAAGGAUUAUUCAAUAUGCAGUUUGCAGGAUGCCCAUGGCAACAUUGAAAAUGAAUUCCUUAUUUUCACCAGAUAUAUGAGAAGACACGUUUCAAACAAUUUGAAUAGUUUUUCUUCUGUUGGAUCAGCAUGGCAGGAUUCAAGCGAGGGUACGAUGGGAAGAUUACUAAAUUGUAUGAUCUGGAUAAAACCUUGGGCCGAGGUCACUUUGCAGUGGUUAAGCUGGCCAGGCAUGUCUUUACAGGUGAAAAGGUGGCAGUAAAAGUUAUUGACAAGACAAAGUUGGACACACUAGCCACUGGUCACCUUUUCCAAGAAGUGAGGUGCAUGAAACUGGUGCAGCAUCCCAACAUCGUGCGUCUCUAUGAAGUGAUUGACACCCAGACCAAACUGUAUCUCAUUCUGGAACUUGGGGAUGGAGGAGAUAUGUUCGAUUACAUAAUGAAACACGAGGAGGGACUUAAUGAAGACUUGGCCAAGAAGUACUUUGCUCAGAUAGUGCAUGCUGUAUCUUAUUGCCAUAAACUCCACGUGGUUCACAGGGACUUGAAACCUGAGAAUGUGGUCUUCUUUGAAAAACAAGGUCUUGUGAAGCUGACAGACUUUGGUUUCAGCAGCAAAUUUCAGCCAGGAACGAAGCUCACUACCAGCUGUGGGUCUCUCGCAUAUUCUGCUCCAGAAAUCCUGCUUGGGGAUGAGUAUGAUGCGCCUGCAGUAGAUAUCUGGAGUCUGGGAGUGAUCCUUUUCAUGUUGGUAUGCGGGCAGCCCCCCUUUCAAGAGGCCAAUGACAGUGAAACAUUGACAAGGAUCAUGGAUUGUAAAUACACGGUCCCAUCCCAUGUGUCUAAAGAGUGUAAAGACCUGAUCGCCCGGAUGCUACAGAGAGAUCCCAAGAGAAGGGCCUCUUUAGAAGAGAUUGAAAACCAUCCUUGGCUUCAGGGCGUGGACCCUUCGCCAGCCACCAAGUAUAACAUCCCCCUGGCAUCCUCCAAGAACCUCUCAGAGGAGGAGCACAACAGCAUCAUUCAGCGCAUGGUGCUCGGGGACAUAGCGGAUCGAGAUGCCAUUGUCGAAGCCCUGGGAACCAACAGGUACAACCACGUCACGGCCACGUACUUCUUGCUCGCCGAACGGAUCCUGAGGGAGAAGCAAGAGAAAGAAAUCCAAACCAGGCCUGCCAGCCCCAGCAAUAUCAAGGCCCAGGGUAGGCAGCCGUGGCCCACCCAAACCCACGUGCCCCAGGACCUGGAGGAUGACCUCGCCCACUCCCGGUCCCACGCGACCGUCCCUCCGGCUCCUGCGCGGGCUGCCGACAAUGUCCUCAAUGGCCACCGGAGCCAAGGCCUGUGUGACACGGCCAAGAAAGUCCACCUCCCCGAGUUGGCUGGGCCGGCAUGGUCCACGGUGCGGCCCGCGAGCUUGAAGCCCGCGGCCAGUGGGCGGAAGUGUCUGUUCCGGGUGGAGGAAGACGAGGAGGAGGAUGAGGAGGACAAGAAACCCAUGUCCCUCUCCACGCAAGCGGUCCUGCGCCGGAAGCCCUCGGUGACCAACAGGCUGACCUCGAGGAAGAGCGCCCCGGUGCUGAACCAGAUCUUCGAGGAAGGGGAGUCCGACCACGAGUUCGACCUGGAUGAGAACCUCCGCCCAAGCCGAGCAGGUUAA